UGUACGUUUGGUUUGUCACAACUCAAUUCUUCAUUUUCUAUUUUCCAUCUACGCCAAACACAGACUUUGUCUCGACCCCAACCAAACUCAUUAACGUUCCCACUUCAAUUCACCUGUCCUUAAUCAUGAAUCCAUAUCUUCAGUAAAAGGAAUCUACAAUAAUUUCCACUGAUUCACACCUCACCAAAUCCCGUAUAUAAACAAUUCCAACCUUUAUCAUAAUCUUUAUAAUAUUAACACAAGAAAAUUUAACAUGGGGAACACCAUAGGAGGAAGAAAGAAAGCCAAGGUGAUGAAAGUUGAUGGAGAAACGUUCAAGUUAAAGACUCCAGUUCAAGUUUCCGACGUCGUUAAAGACUACCCAGGUCACGUUUUGUUAGAUUCAGAAGCUGUGAAACACUAUGGCGUUCGGGCGAAGCCGUUGGAGCCUCAACAGAUUCUGAAGGCCAAGAAAAUUUAUUUCUUGGUGGAGUUACCCAAGUUUAUUCCUGAAGAGAAAAAUAAAAUGCCCACUAGAAGGGUUCAAUCCGGGAUUCACAUGGGCGCAAAGGACCGGCUUGAGUUACUGAUGUUGUCAAGGCGGGCAGUUUCUGAUCUUUCUGCGGUUAAACCGUCGACGAGCCGUGGAUCUGAUGGGCAAGUGCCGGAACUUAAUGAUGGGCGCAUGAGGGUCAAAAUGAGGCUGCCCAAAUCCCAAGUGGCUAAAUUGAUGGAUGAGAGCAAGGAUGAAGCGGAGGCGGCUGAGAAGCUUGUCGAUCUUUAUGUUGGAAAAGCCGGUGGUGCGCCGCUACCGGGAGAGGAGUGGAAACCGAGACUUGGUAGCGUCAGAGAGAAUCAUAAGGCACGUGAGGUAUGUUUACUAAAUUUGGUUUUGUUAAUAAUCUUUGAAAUUGUCUCAGUUCUCAUUUUGAUUAUGUCAAUGAUUAAUUUCAUUCUAGGAAUUUGGUUUGUGAAUUAAGAGAAGAUGAUACCUCCAUUUGCAUUAUAAAAUUAAGUGUUUACUUAUUCAUGCAUACAAAAAUGAAUAAUAAAUUUGUGGCAGAACAAAGGUUGUAUU